AUGCCGACAAACAAAGUCUUCCGCCUGCAUGCACGCACUUCCUUCCAAGAAAUUCAGCUCCACGAAGAAGAAAUCCCAACACCAGACAAGCAUGAAGUCCUCAUCAAAGUCAAGAGUGUCUCUUUGAACUAUCGCGAUGUCGGUGUGAGCAACGGCUCAUACCCUUUCCCCGUCAAGGAUAUGGUCGUUCCUUGUUCCGACGCCUGUGGUGAAGUUGUCGAAUCCGGAUGUGCCGUCAACAACGUCGAGAAAGGCGACCUUGUCGUGUGCACCUUCGAUCCGACAAACCUGUACGGACCUCAGAAGAACUGGAACAACGGUCUCGGUGGCCCUGUGGACGGAGUUUUGAGAGAGUAUGUAGCAGUUCCUGCUUCUGCCGUCAUCAAGCUCCCUGCUGGCAGUGACAUUUCUACUGCCAGUUGGGCGAGCACCGUGUGCACCGGCGUGACUGCUUGGAACUGCUUGUACGGAAACAUCCCUCUGCGUCCCGGCCAGACUGUGCUUCUUCAAGGCACCGGCGGCGUUUCCAUGACCGCCCUCCAAAUCGCCAAAGCCGCAGGCGCGACCACCAUCAUUACCUCAUCUUCCGACGAGAAACUUCAAUACGUCAAGAAGAACUUUGGCGUCGAUCACACAAUCAACUACAAAACAACCCCCAACUGGGCCGAAGAAGCCCGUAAGCUGACCAAUGGCAGCGGUGUCGACUACAUAAUCGAGAACGGCGGCUCAGGCACCAUCAAGCAAAGUCUCGAAGCCAUCACCAUAGGCGGUAACAUCUCAGUCGUGGGAUUCCUUUCUGCAGCCAAGCAGGAGGAUAUGCCCGAUGUGGCUGGUCUUGCUUUGUCCAAGGGUUGUGUGGUUAGAGGUAUCACUGUGGGAUCUACACAACUUCUUGAAGAGGCUAUUCGUUUCUUCAGUACGAGAAAUGUUGCCGUGCCUGUUGACAAGGUGUUUGGCUCUUCGAGGGAAGAAGUCAUUAAGGCUUUUGAAUACCUAACUGGUGGGUCGCAUGUCGGAAAGGUCUGCAUUGACUUCUAA